CCCGCCGCGGGAUGUAGCCCGGCCGGGAGCUGCCACCGAGGCACCGCGGGCCCCCGUCCCGUCCCUCCUUCCCUCCCUUUCUCCUUCCUUCCCUCCCUUUCUCCUUCCUUCCCUCCCUCCCUCCUUCCUCCUCUCCAUGCCCCCGCAGUGAGGCCGGCGCUGACACCGGCCACCAUGGGGAAAUCCAACAGCAAGUUGAAGCCUGAAGUUGUGGAGGAGCUGACCAGGAAAACGUACUUUACAGAGAAGGAGGUGCAGCAGUGGUACAAGGGCUUCAUCAAGGACUGUCCCAGCGGGCAGCUUGACGCCGCCGGCUUUCAGAAGAUCUAUAAGCAGUUCUUCCCCUUCGGUGACCCAACCAAGUUUGCCACCUUCGUUUUCAAUGUCUUCGAUGAGAACAAAGAUGGGAGGAUCGAGUUUUCAGAGUUCAUCCAGGCGCUGUCGGUCACCUCCCGCGGGACCCUGGACGAGAAGCUGAGGUGGGCGUUCAAGCUGUACGACUUGGACAACGACGGGUACAUCACGAGGAACGAGAUGCUGGACAUUGUGGAUGCAAUCUAUCAGAUGGUGGGAAACACUGUGGAGCUUCCUGAGGAGGAGAACACACCUGAGAAAAGGGUGGAUCGGAUUUUUGCCAUGAUGGACAAGAAUGCAGAUGGGAAGCUGACACUGCAGGAGUUCCAGGAGGGCUCCAAGGCUGACCCCUCCAUCGUGCAGGCUCUCUCCCUCUACGACGGGCUCGUAUAGUCCCGGGGCUGAGCGGCGAUGCCCGGGGGAGGACGCCCUCCGUGCCAUCCGACCACCGCCGCGCCAAGCUUGCCUGUCCCUCUCGGCCUUCCUUUCUGACCCCACCAGCAAAGGAAGCCCUCGAAGCGCGAGCUCACCCCCCCUCUCUGCACUCUGAACCAGCCGCUGCCAUUUGCCAACUUCUGCUUUUUCCAAAACAAACCAAAACAACCAAAACCAACCCGUGACAGACCCCGGUCUCAGCGGCAGCGACGCCCGAGACUCCAAGGCUGGGGGAACGAGUUGAGCAUCGCCAAAGGCAGACACACCCCCCCACCCACCCCAGCCUCCUUCCCCUCUUUGCUCCCCUUUCCUACCUUUUCGGAUGGGACUGCAGAUGCUCUGGCAUGGUCCUCUCCUGGGAACCAGCCGGCUGGAGACGGAGCCCAAAGGUACCAGGGGGCUGUGCACCCCGGGGUGCUGCCUGCAUGGGGUGGCCGAGGCACUGGCGGCGAUUGGGAACACAGUCCUGGUGUCACUGGCAGCCCUGCCUGGCUCACUAGGGAUAUAUAUUAUUUUAUUUUUUUUUUUUGGUGAGACAGUAUUGUGCUUUUUCUUUUUUUUCUUUUUUUUUUUUUCCCCCCUUUGGUGGAAAAAAGUGAGGCUUUUUUUUUUUUUACAUGCCUGUCUCGACGAUCGAUAUCCUUAUUUAUUCCUUGUAAAUGUUGCUGCCGUG